AUGACCUCCACCACCUGUGGCUCUGAGCCCAUCUCCAUGAAAAGGUCCCCACCUUCUCCCGACGACCCUUCUUCUCUCCUCGGCUUCGGCUACUCCAAGCUCACCCUCCCUCUCCACCACCACCACCACCACCACCAACCCCUCCUCCGCCGCUGCAUUUCCGACCCCUACUCCCCUCCGCCGCCGCCGCAGACCAACCCAUUUCUCUCCGCCGGCCACUCUCCCGAUCUCAACAAGACUACUUCAUCUCCUUCCCCGACCCACUUCAACUCCUCCCUGCCGCCUCUUCCUCCGCCGCAGCAGCCGCCGACCCUCCGCCGCUCCGUCUCCGAUAUCAACCCCUCUCCGGCCCAGGCCUUCUCCCGCUCCUCCAGCUCCAACGAUAUGUCCGUCGAGACUGACACUGAUACUCCCAAUUCCAAGAGGCUGAAGAGGAUGAAGGGUCGGCUGAAGGAGAUGAGUGAGUGGUGCAGGCAGCUCAUGCGUGAAGAGGAUCUGGAACAAGAUGAAGAACUCGAAAUCGGAGCCACUCAAGAUAUGCCUGAUAUUGAUGCCAUUCGAGAUAUUCCCAAUGAUACUUCCACUGAGGAUAGCAGUGAGAAAGAAUUUUCAGAAUCUGUGAGUGUGGAGAAGAAGGAUGACUCUCUGGUCAUUCACUUCAGGUGCCACUGUGACAAGGCCUAUCAGUUCCUUCUCAAUGGAACUGACUGCUACUACAAGCUCCUGUAGAUGCACAUCAGCUCACCAUUCCUGGGUUUGAAUUUCACACACUUUGCCGUUCUUUUCUUAACAUCCGAAUUUAGUCACAGUUGGCCAUUAUCUGUUUUAGAUCAUACCCUUUUAGAUACAGCGCACUUAUAAUCUCUUAUGUUUCAAUUUGUUACAAAGAUUCUUUGUUGAUGAAAUCUGUAUCUGUUACAGUGCUUAUCAACCUUAGGGUUUCUUCUUUAGUUAUCCUGUAG